AUGGCUGGGAAGGCAGAACCUGAACGUCUGGUGUUUUACGUUAACGGGAAAAAAAUUGUGGAGGAGAAUGCGGAUCCAGAAACUAUGCUGCUGUCUUACCUCAGGGAAAAACUUAGGCUGACCGGGACCAAGUAUGGAUGUGGAGGAGGAGGUUGUGGGGCCUGCACUGUGAUGGUGUCCCGGUACCAGCCUUGGACCAAAAACAUCAUCCAUUUUUCUGCCAAUGCAUGCCUGCUCCCGGUAUGCCAGCUCCAUGAGGCAGCGGUGACCACCGUGGAAGGCAUCGGUAACACCCGGACCCGGAUCCACCCCGUCCAGGAACGCAUAGCAAAAGCACACGGGUCUCAAUGUGGGUUCUGCACCCCGGGGAUGGUAAUGUCCAUGUACACCCUGCUCAGAAACCGCCCCCAUCCAACCCUAGAGGAUAUCACUGAAGCUCUCGCAGGUAAUCUGUGUCGAUGCACUGGGUAUCGCCCCAUUAUCGAUGGCUGCAAAACAUUCUGUGGGGCCUCUGACUGUUGCCAAAGCAAUGGUAAUGGGCUAUGUUGUCUAAAUGGGGACAAGACCGAGGAAGUUGAAGAAAAUGGACAUGCAGAGCUGUUUGACAGGGAGGACCUCUUACCUCUGGACUCCACUCAAGAGUUGAUCUUUCCUCCAGAGCUCAUUAUAAUGGCAGAGACCCAGGAACGAAGGACUCAGACUUUCCGUGGAGAGAGGAUCACAUGGGUGUCGCCUGUGACCCUGGAGGAACUGGUCCAACUCAAGGCCAAACAUCCCAGCGCCCCUUUAGUUAUGGGAAACACUAACAUUGGACCGGACAUCAAAUUCAAAGGCAUCCUCCACCCUGUUAUCAUAUCCCCCAUCAGAGUCAGAGAGCUCUCUGAGGUUACCCAAACAUCACGGGGAGUGUGUAUUGGAGCAGGUUGCAGUCUGUCUGCAGUGAAGGUUCUGUUGGAGGAGCUGGUCCAGCAGCUCCCUCUGGAGGAGACGGAAGUGUUCAGAGCCCUGCUCCAGCAGCUGGGGAACUUGGGGGGACAGCAGAUUCGUAACGUGGCCUCUCUUGGAGGCAACAUUGUCAGUGCCUAUCCGAACUCGGACCUGAACCCUGUCCUCGCCGCUGGACACUGCACCCUCAGUGUUGUGUCAGAGGGAGGAAGGAAGGAGAUUCCUGUGAAUAAAGAUUUCUUUGUUGGAUUCGGCAAAACAGCUCUAAAGCCGGAGGAGAUUGUCCUGUCUGUUUUCAUUCCCUUUUCCAAACGAGGGGAGUUUGUGAGAGCCUUUCGUCAGGCCCCCCGCAAGGAGAAUGCACUGGCCACUGUGACCUCAGGCAUUCGGGCCAAGUUCAUUGUGGGCACCAGCAAGGUGGAAGACCUGAGUAUCUACUUUGGCGGUCUGGGGCCAUGCACUGUCGGGGCCACCAAAACCUGUCAGGAGCUGAUUGGACGGCUCUGGAACGAGGAGACCCUGAACCAUGCCUAUAGGAUCCUCCUGGAAGAGAUUCCCCUUCCCCCCUCUGCCCCUGGUGGGAAGGUGGAGUUCCGCAGGGCCCUGACGCUCAGCUUCCUUUUCAAGUUCAACCUGGAGAUGCAGAAGAAGCUUCGAGAGAUGAAUGUUUUUCUGGAGGACAUACCUGGAGAAGUGUCAAGUGCUAUGCGGCCCCUCCCCAGACAGCUACAGUCCAGUCUCCAGGAGUUCCAGGAGGUGGCCCAGGGUCAGCAUAGUCAGGAUCCGGUGGGACGGCCAAUCAUGCACCGAUCUGCCAUCAGCCAGGCCACAGGGGAGGCAGUGUACUGUGACGACAUCCCAAAAUCCCAGGGGGAGCACUUCUUGGCAAUAGUGACGAGCACAAGGGCUCAUGCAAAGAUCCUAAACAUAGAUGCCAGUGAAGCUCUGAAACUGCCGGGGGUGGUCGACAUUGUUACUGCCAAAGAUAUCCCGGGCAAGAAGUUCCGCACUUUCUCCGGCAUCGACGAGGAGCUGCUGGCUGUGAAAGAAGUGACGUGUGUGGGUCAGAUGGUGUGUGCGAUCAUCGCAGACACCAAGCAGCAUGCCAAAAGAGGGGCAGCUGCAGUCAAGAUCACCUAUGAGGAUUUGCCGGACAGGGUCUUUACUGUGGAGGAAGCCAUAGAGAAAAAGUCUUACUUUGAGCCUCGGAGGGAAAUAGAGAGUGGCUGUGUGACAGACGCCUUUGAGAAGGCUGACCACAUACAUGAGGGGGAGAUCCGGCUAGGUGGGCAGGAGCAUUUCUACAUGGAGACACAGACCGUGCUUGUUGUUCCAUCUGGAGAGGAGAGAGAGAUGAAGGUUUAUCUGGCUACUCAACACCCCACCUAUGCCCAGGAAUCGAUUGCCGAAACUCUGGGAAUCCCCUCCAACCGCGUGUCCUGUCAUGUGAAGAGAUUAGGCGGAGGGUUUGGCGGCAAAGUUACAAAAGCUGCCAUCUUGGCAUCCAUCACUGCUGUAGCAGCAUGGAAGACAGGAAAGUCAGUGCGCUGCGUAUUGGAGAGGGGAGAGGACAUGCUGAUAACGGGGGCUCGGCAUCCUGUCCUAGGAAAGUACAAGGUGGGCUUCAUGAAUGACGGGAGCAUAAUAGCUGCGGACAUUCAAUAUUAUGCAAAUGCUGGGAACACCGGUGAUGAGUCCAUUUUGGUGAUUGAAAAGAUUCUUCUCCACCUGGACAAUGCUUACAACAUUCCAAACCUUCGCGGUCGGUCUGCAGCCUGUAAGACAAACCUACCAUCCAACACGGCCUUCCGUGGCUUUGGCGUGCCCCAGAGCAUGCUGGUUACAGAGAACAUGAUCAACGACGUCGCCUUGGCACUGGGCCGCCCUGCUGAGGAGAUCCGUGAGAUUAACAUGUACAAGCAGGUGUCGCUGACCCACUACAAGCAGGAGUUUGACCCGGAGAACCUGCUGCGCUGCUGGAGCGAGUGCAUGGAGAAAUCUGCCUACCAGCACCGGCGCAAGGCUGUCACCCAGUUCAACCAGUGCAACCGGUGGAAGAAGAGGGGCAUAGCCAUCAUCCCCAUCAAGUACGGCAUCGCUUUCGCAGAGGGCUUCCUCAAUCAGGCUGCAGCUUUGGUCCAUAUCUACACGGAUGGUUCUGUGCUGGUGAGUCAUGGAGGAGCUGAGAUGGGUCAAGGGAUCCAUACCAAGAUGCAGCAGGUGGCGUCCCGUGAACUCCGGAUCCCAACCUCCCGGAUCUACAUCAAUGAGACCAGCACCAAUACUGUACCCAACACCUGCCCAUCAGCAGCCUCCUUUGGCACCGACGCCAACGGGAUGGCAGUCAAGUUUGCCUGUGAGACCCUGCGUCACAGGCUGGAGCCUGUCAUCCGAGCAAACCCCAAAGGCACCUGGGAAAGCUGGGUUAAAACAGCCUUCUUCCAAAAGAUCAGCCUCUCAGCAACUGGAUACUACAGAGGUCAUGACCUGUUCAUGAACUGGCAGAAGCAAGAGGGACAUCCCUAUGCUUAUUUCACCUAUGGGGCCUGCUGCAGUGAGGUGGAGGUGGACCUCCUGACUGGAGACUACAGGAAUGUCAGGACUGACAUUGUGAUGGACAUUGGGAGAAGUAUUAACCCCUCCAUUGACAUCGGUCAGAUUGAGGGGGCAUUCACUCAGGGCAUGGGUCUCUACACCCUGGAGGAACUGAAAUUCUCCCCCUCGGGCGUGCUGCACACCCGAGGCCCCGCCCAAUACAAGAUCCCCGCUGUGUGUGACGUUCCUCUCACGUUCAACGUCUACUUGUUGAAGGGGUCCAGCAACCCUCACGCCAUCUACUCCUCCAAGGGUAUCGGGGAGCCCGUGGUAUUCCUGGGGAGCUCCGUGUUCUUUGCUAUCAAAGACGCGGUGGCAGCCGCACGCAGAGAGGCAGGGCUGAGCGGGCCCUUCAUCCUGCACAGUCCUGCGACCCCAGAGAGGACCUUCAUGGCCUGCGCCACCCCCUUUGCCCAGAUGGUACCAGCAAGUAAGCCAGGAUCCUACCAGCCAUGGGCCAUCAAUGUGUGACAAGGUCCAUAAUUACAGUCACAGUGCAGUAAUCUGCCAGUCAACAGCUUUGGAAUUUUAACAUACAUCACUGCUAUAAAUUGCCUUUCAUUUUAAAUUUUGCUUAUCUGUAGUCACUGCAUUGAUGUAGUCUUUAGGUGAACAGAAGUUUGUUUACUUUGCAGAAGGAUCCCAAUGAAUUGAUUGAAGACUGAAACACAAACCUGGAAAGUCUGUAAAACUGUCAUCCUAAAUGUUGCUUGACUGUCUUAUCUGGUAUUCCUAAAAACAGCAUGAACAUAAACUAUACUAUUGUACUGUAGUUUGAUCAUCAGAAUCAAAACAAAACUGAUGUCUGUGUUAUAACUAUUAUGAAUAUAUAACCUAUAUGAAGGCCUAAUCAAUAAAGUUUUUCAAUGAAUGUGGAAGCUACUGACCCUAAUGUUGAGAAUCAAGUAUAAUGGAUUAUUUCAAACACAUUUUCCC